AUGGCGCCUACUCUACGGGAAUCCAAAUCCAUAGACAACUGUUCUCCCAGUUUGAUUGCAAAGCUAGCUUCUGGAAUAGUACUCGACAUACGAGCAAGGGCUCCUUACUAUGUCAGGGACUGGACGGACGCUUGGAAUUACCGCGUAGUGCCAGCUACAUCACUGAUAUUCUUCGCAAAUGUGCUUCCAGGCAUAGCAUUCUCCUUAGACUUGAUCGAGACGACUGAGCAAUAUGGUGUUGCAGAAGUGCUUUUGUCCUCGUUCAUGGCUGCAUUCGUAUUCUCAGUCUUUGGUGCUCAGCCGCUCACAAUUGCGGGCGUCACAGGACCUAUCACGGUAUUCAAUAAAACGAUCUUUCGAAUCACUCAAAGCCAACCAGAUGCCCCGAACUACCUUCAAUUUGUCGGAUGGGUCUACCUUUGGGCUGCGAUCAUUCACUGGGUCACGGCUAUCCUGAACUGGUGCAACUUCCUUAAAUACGUGACACUGUUCUCCUGUGAUACGUUCGGCUUCUAUGUAUCUUGGGUUUAUCUUCAAUACGGAGUCCAAGUCGUGACCCGACAGCUUGAUUCUUCAUCAUUGCCCGGCGCCCUAGUUUCAAUCAUUCUCGCUAUCUUGAUGCUUGCACUAUCCUUCCUAUUCCAAAGUAUUUCGCAGAAGAAGCUGUUCCAUCGGCAUGUCCGCAGAUUUCUAGCCGAUUAUGGAAUGCCCAUCUCCCUCAUUGCCACUUCAGGAAUGGCUUACUGGGGGAGAUUCGAUGCGACCAACCCAGAAACUCUUCCAAUCAGUGGCGCUUUUCAACCCGCAAAUGGCAGAGCAUGGCUUGUGCCCUUCUGGCAAUUAGAAGGAAAAUGGGUAGGGAUUGCCUUGCCAUUUGGCAUCAUACUCUGGAUCCUCUUCUUCUUUGAUCACAAUGUCUCCUCAUUAAUGGCCCAAGGAUCUGAGUUUCCUCUACGAAAACCACCGGGGUUCCAUUACGAUUUCUUUCUCCUUGGUAUCACCACCCUCAUUGCAGGUUUACUCGGGAUACCUGCACCCAAUGGGCUUAUCCCACAAGCUCCUAUACAUACCACGUCACUCCUAGUAAUGGGUCGAGUGUCGAAGAAGGACGAGGAGGAGAUUCAGAGCUCGGGCUCGGACGAAAAUAUACUGGGCAAUAUCCCAGAGUAUCGCGAGCAACCCAUAGCUGUCGUUGAACAACGCGUGUCAAACCUUGCGCAAGGUUCUUUGUGUUUAGUGCUGCUAUCUGGGCCCUUCCUUCACGUUUUAAAUCUUAUACCUCGAGGUGUUCUCGCCGGGUUAUUUUGGUUUAUGGGCGCAGACGCACUUCAAGGAAACGGAAUUACGCAAAAAAUACUGUAUUUCUUCCGCGACAAAAAUUUGACUUCUAAAGAAGAGCCCUUGAGGCGAGUUCGCAAGUCCCGCAUCAUGUUGUUCUUAGCCAUCCAGGUAAUCGCCUUCGGAGCCACUUUUGCUAUUACACAAACCAUCGCUGCUAUUGGAUUUCCCAUUAUCAUAAUGGGCCUUAUUCCUCUCCGGAUCUUACUCAUUCCCCGUCUUCCCUUCACUACCGAUGAGCUCGCAAUACUUGAUGGACCCACUGCGUCACCUUUCACUAUGGAAAGUGUCGGUGGUUCUUUGUAA